CGGUCAACAUUAGCAGAGCGAUAUAUAUAUAUAUAUAUAUUUAGAGAGAGAGAGAGAGAGAGAGAUGGAAAAAGCAGUAUCGGAGGCGGAGGAGCUGCCGAAGGCGAUUGUGCGGCGGGUGGUGAAGGACAAGCUCUCCCGCUGCUCCGCCGACGCCGACAUCAAUGUCCACAAAGAUACCCUCCUCACUUUCUCAGAAUCCGCUCGCAUUUUCAUCCACUACCUUUCCGCCACGGCAAACGACAUUUGCAAGGAGUCAAAACGACAGACGAUCAAUGGAGACGACGUCUUCAAAGCCUUGGAAGAGAUAGAGUUCUCCGAGUUUCUGAAGCCUCUCCAGGCCUCUCUCGAUGAGUUCAAAAAGAGAAACGCUGGAAAGAAGAAAGGAGCGUCACAGUCCGAGGAUGUGAAAAAGAAGAGGAAAUUAGAAGACGAGCCAUCUGAUAAAAAAGAUGGUAGUGAAAGCAAGCAAGACGAAAAUGACGAAGACAAAGACAAUGAAAAUGACGAAGACAAGGACAAUGAAAAUGACGAAGACAAAGACAAUGAAAAUGACGAUGGAACUGGUGAUGAAUGAACUCUUUGUAUUUACAUAUUAGAAGGUGCAGAAAAAGGUAAUUCUGCAAGCAAAUGUAGCGCCAUGUUUCUCUUUUUCUGCGCUUGCAGUCUGUUUUGUUGCUAAUCUGAGAGUAAUGAAGAGGAAACUAAUUCUGAGAAAA